CACAUACACACAAAAAGCUUAAAUUCAUAUCUUUACCCCCUGUCAUUACUCUCUCAUAUACACCACCAGUCCACCACCACCAUUGCUGAAUUUUACAAUCUUUAAUGGCUGCCACUCCAUAAAACGUUUUUUUUAAUAAAUAUAAUAAUGAGUGGGAUGGUGUUUUAUGACUUUUAUCCAUCUGGGGUCUCUCUUUUUGGUCGGUUUAAGAUACCCUUUUUCUUUAUAUCUAUGUACAGCCCAUAAAGCUUUCACCUUUUUAACAUAUUUUCUUUCAAGAAAAGUCUAAUGGUGUGACAAGAAAAUUACAAUUUUGCAGAAAGUUUCAUCUGGGUAUUUGUUUUUUGUCAAAAAGAUUGAAACUUUGAGCUACCCAUAUUGAAUUAAGUUCAUUUUCUGCAAGAUUUAGUUAACAAGUUUUGCAUGCUUGAUCUUCAUGUCAAGUUUGGAAAAUUUGGUUGAAAAUUUGGCUUUUUAGAGUCUCAAAAGUCGAGAUCUUCAAUCUUGAUGAAUAUAUUCUUCAAGUAAUUGGGUUGAUCAAUUUAGCUAGAAAGAAAAAGAGAAGGUGGUUUUGGACUUUGGUUUGAUGAAAAUCUUGUGAGCUGACAAGUGCAAUUUGGAAGUAAAUAUUGUCUUUCUUUUGAGCAUUUCUGGGUUAAAAAAAAUCGGAUCGAGAAAAUAAAUAUCGGAUUUUCUUAUUUUCUUUAUCGAUGAUCAUGAAGUUGAAAAAAUCGGAUUUUCUGAUGGCAAAACGAUUAAAACAACGUCUUGCUCGAGAAAAUAAAGAUCGAGCCGGUUGCAUGUCGGGUAUAGUACAUAUUUUUGACUUCCGCCAUGGUCGGGCUACUAGAAGACUGCUUUCAGAUCAUAGAACAUAUAUGACUGAAAGUACCACAGGUCCUUCAUGUCCUUCAUCCGAAGUGAACUCAAUCACCGAUUCAGAAGAGAUACAUCAAAGGGAUGAAUCUCCCUACAAUGAGAAAGGUGAAAUGGCACAGACAAGAGUGAAGGAGCUCAUGGAAGAAGAAAUGCAAUGUGAUUUAACAGAAAAAACAUCAAGCAAGUCUUUGACGGAAAUCUCUAUUGAUCAACAAGUUCUAUCUCAAAAACCAUCAGAAUAUUGUGAUCUUGAAGAUCUAGUUAACAACCUCUUGCUAUCACAUCAUAGAAAAACCCAAGAACAGAUUCCAAAGUUUCUUGAAAGAUCAAACUCAUUAGACAAUGAACAACGUAUUCCGAGCUCAGAAGAAACUGUCUCCCAUAAAAACCGAAAGUUCUUUAGAAGAAGGAGCAAGUCACACGAAUGUAUAUCAUUGAAUGACAACGAUACUCCAGCACCUACAAAAACACCCAACAGAUUUCAUCAUGAAAGAAGUGUUUCCCACUUUUCUUUCACAGAAAUCAAGAAAAAACUAAAGAAUGUUAUUAGAAGAUGUCCAAGGGAUUCAGGAUGUAAUGAAAAACCUGUUUGUGAUGGCAAUAUUAGAUGGAAUUCUCCUAAUAGAGACCGUUUCUACUCCGAAAGGUUUUCUAGAAUUUCUAACGGAUUUAAAAGGCAAGAUGAGGCUUCAUGGUUAUGCAAAUCAGAAAGAAAACUGUGUAAAAUAGAUGCAUUUGGAGACACUAGUGAACGGAUAUCUAACAUUUACAUUGAGGCAAAGAAACAUUUGUCAGAAAUGUUGAACAAUGACGAUGUAGAAACAGAGUUAACGGCAGAGAGCACUUCUAGAAGUCUAGGAAAGCUUCUAUCUUUUCCAGGCUACAAUUCUCGUUCUUCAAGUAUCGGCCCUAGAAAUAAGCCAGAGGAUGGGGCUGUCACUAUGUCUCCUAAUGUGAAUUCACCAGUAGUCAAAGAAAGUCAACCACCUCUGACGGACGAUGAUUGUCGAGAACUGGAAGUCUGUGAAGAAAUUCAUCAGGCUGAAGAUGUAGAAGUCAUAGAACCACUUUCAGUGGAAGAAGUUGAAGUUUUUGAUGUGGUGGAUAAAUCUGAAGAAGACGAGUUAUCUCGUUCCCCACCAGCGUCUCCUUCAGGAUCUUCACUUGCUUUUAAUAGAAAGGCUGAAGAAGCUGAGAGUACCUUGGAUGAUAGAACUGGGAAACCUAGUCCUGUAUCCGUUCUUGAGCCAUUGUUUUCAGAUGAUGAUAUUAGCCCAGCUAGAACCAUUUUACGAUCUGCUGAAUCUUCAAUCCAACCAAUCCGUAUCCGGUUUGAAGAAAUGGUUACCCCUGCUAGAAAUAAAGAAACAUGUAAUCAUCUUGUGGAGAAUGAGGAAUCUGCUUUUGAAUACGUCGAAGCUGUACUUCUAGCUUCUGAUCUCAACUGGGAUGAGUUUGAGAAAAGGUGGCUUUCUUCAGUCCAAAUAAUCGAAUCAUCAUUAUACGAUGAACUACAAAUCUUCUCAAAUCGGCCUGAUCAUGACCAACAGCUUUUAUUCGACGCCACUAAUGAAAUCAUCAGCGAGAUUUGUGAUUCCUGCUUGGGCUUCUUUCCCCAGUUAUCAUACCUUAAAACAAGUAUUCAUAUGCCUCCCAAGGGAAUGGACCUAAUAAAUGAGGUGUGGGAAAGAAUUGAGUCACGUCUACAUCGCAAUUAUUCUAGAUCGUUAGAUCAACUUAUAAAAAAAGACUUGGAUGUCCCAAGAUCAUGGAUGGAUCUUUGUCCAGAGACUCAAGAUAUAGUUAUGGAAACCGAAGAGUCAAUUUUUGAAGAUGUGAUAGAUGAUACUGUUUUGAGCCUAAUGUAUGAUAACUAGCCUUAAAACAAUCAAAUAGUGUUGCAUUUUUAUGAAUAGAAGUUCAUAAGUUAAGUUUGAGUAACA